UGAAUGCAAAACUCAAGAACAUGUGUGCGGUGGAACUGAAAUGGGAAACUGUACUAAUACCAAUGGCGGUUACACAUGUCAAUGUGCACAAGGGUAUCAGAAUAGUAACACGUCCAACAAAGUAACGCCGUGCAAAGAUAUCGAUGAAUGUAACACAAAAGGGUAUGUGUGUGGAGACAACACUUCUGCAGUUUGUCAAAAUCGUAAUGGAACCUACAACUGUAACUGCAAACAUGGGUAUUAUGCUACGUUUUCAGGGGAAAAAAUCACACUUUGUCAAGAUAUAGACGAGUGUCAUAAUACCUCCUACAACUUCGAGAACGCAGCCUGUGUGAAUCUUGUUGGUGGUUAUUAUGCAAGCUGUUGGAAUGGCUAUAAGAGUUCUUCUGCUUCUAGUCAGUUUAAUUUCAUAUGUGAAGACAUAGACGAAUGUGACACUGCUAGUGAUUAUGAAUGCGGAAACAACGGCACAGGGAGUUGCGAAAACACUAAUGGUUCUUACAAAUGCACCUGCAGUGAUGGGUUUCACGCAAAUCGAACAUCGGAUAAAGUUACUCUCUGUAUAGAUAAGGAUGAAUGUGCAGAUCCAGACUACGUGUGUGGCAAUUAUCAAACUGGCAAUUGCAGCAAUACAAUUGGAAGUUUUGAAUGUACAUGUCUUCCGGGUUUUACACAACACCGUUUAUUGGACAGAAUUAUAAUCUGUGAAGACUUGAAUGAAUGCGAAAACGAUACCUACACGUGUGAUGGAGCAUGUAAAAACUCUCCAGGAGGAUGGGACUGUAAUUGCAACCACGGCUAUACUAGAAACACCAGCCAUGAUGGUCUUCAUAAGUCUUGCAGUGACUUGAAUGAAUGCGAAAACCAUACCUACACGUGUGAUGGAGCAUGUAAAAACUCACAAGGAGGAUGGGACUGUUAUUGCAAGCACGGCUAUACUAAUAACACCAGCCAUGAUGGUCUUCAUAAGUUCUGCAGUGAUAUUAAUGAGUGCGAGUCUGUACAUUCAUGGCAUUGUGACGACCCACAGCAGACGUGUUUAAAUACAGAGGGAAGCUAUCAGUGUGUCUGUCCGUCUGGGUAUACAAUGUCAGCGGAUGGCUCUUCGUGCGAAAUAAAACAAAACUUGCACACCGACUGUCAUGAUGAGGCUUCGUUCGACUGUGCAACGGGUGACAAGUUGUUCGAGAUCUGCAAAAAUGUUGAAAACGCCAGAAAAGUUUGUCCGAGAUAUUGCGGCCUCUGCCAAGACGUGAGCGAUGGAUGGGAACAGUGGUUACCAUGGGGACCAUGUUCUGUGUCAUGUGACGUAGGAAUGCAGACACGGACCAGGUCUUGUUCCAAAAGAGAUGUCCACGGUGACCGUUGUAUAGGCGAUGCACAUGAAUAUAGACUUUGCCAGGGAAACCCUUGUGUUUAUAUUGAUUGCUCUGACCUGCUUACAUCCGGGAAACAGAACACUUCCGGUGUAUACAUGAUCACUACACGGAGAACAAGGGCCAAGAUUAUGGUCUACUGUGACAUGGAAACGUCCGGCGGUGGAUGGACGGUUUUUCAACGGCGAUUAGACGGCUCUGAGGAUUUCAACAGGAAUUUCGAAGAAUAUGAGUAUGGUUUUGGACGAGCUUAUGGCGAAUUCUGGUUAGGUCUGCGCCUUGUUCGCGAGAUGGUUGGCACGGGAAUGUACGAGCUUCGCAUUGACGUUGAAACCGCGAAUGGGACAACCGGAUAUGACGUUUAUGAGCAAUUUAGCGUCUCUGAUCGUCCUUUCUAUACCCUGAGUGUUGGCAAUCGAACAAUGUCUCUCGGAAUGUCACCAGCAAUAUCGAUGGCAGAUGUAAACAAAGAAAACGGCAGUUCUUUUUCAACCAAGGACAUUGACCGUGACCAAAACCAAUUUAGCAGUUGUGCUAGUUCCCAUCAAGGCGGCUGGUGGUAUAACAACUGUUACUCGAAGAACCUCAACGGAAAAUACGUCGAACCUGGCACGAAAGGAAUGCACGAGGGCAUAAUCGAUUUGAGCUUCGAGCGCGCUGAUGGUGAAAGUCUGAAAAAGACGAAAAUGAUGAUUCGUCGGUCUUUUUAACGCUAUGACUCACCGUUUGUGUUUUA